AUGCUCAGCCUUGAUCAAGAAAUUGGAGCGUGGGAUUCCGUUUUGCUUGAACCCUUAACUGAAGACUCCUUUGUAACAAAUCUACAACAACGUUUUAAGAGAGACCAUAUCUAUACUUACAUAGGAAAUGUUUUGGUCUCGGUUAACCCCUAUAAAAAGCUUGCCUUGUACUCAGCAGAUCUUGUGGAGGCCUAUGUUAAAAGAGGACCAUUCCAGUUGCCACCACAUAUAUAUGCCAUCGCUGGGACUGCAUACAGAUGGCUCAAUGAUAGAAAUGAAGACCAAUGUAUAAUUGUAACAGGUGAGAGUGGAUCUGGAAAAACAGAAGCUGCUAGAAUAGUACUACAAUUUCUAGUCCUAGUUUCUGGAGAUAGCCAAGAAACAAAGCUCGUUAAAGAUCGUUUAGUUCAAGCAAAUACACUGUUAGAAGCAUUUGGAAAUGCUAGAACUAUGAAGAAUGAUAAUGCCUCUAGAUUUGGAAAGUUCUUAGAUAUUGAGUUUGAUUUUAAGGGAGAUCCUAUAGGAGGGCAUCUUACACAUUUCGAGAAUUACAAAUUUGGCAUCGUCUGA